ACGCAGCUGGUUGAGUGUUUCUACAUAUCAUAUAAAUGAUUUAACUUAAACAUAAUAGGCAUAUCCGAAUCAAGGUAGUUAACAUAACAGACGCAUGCGCAAAUCGAAAACUGUAGUACCAAAGAUGGCCGAAAAGAGUCCUGGGAAUAUUGAAAAGCUCAAAUAAGGACAUUUCAUCAUCACUGAAUAAACGAGACUAAAUCUCACAGAGCCACUGUAACAGCGAAGCAAGAAGCAGAACUACAGUGGUUAUGAGAACAGAAAAGGGUGCAACAGAAAAAAAUGCAGCAAUUUGAUUAUAUGCAAAGAAGAAAAGCUUUUCAGGAACAUUUGGUGAAUUACUACAGAAAACAUGUGCUUAAAGUAACUGUAUUUCCUCUGCAAUCAGAACGAUACCAGGCUGACAUUGGCGAUAUCUACUUUCCACCAUGUAUGACUGUAGAACUACAGAUCGGUAUCCGAAGGUCUAGAAAUACAAGGGAAAUACGAAUACACGAAAUAUUAAAAAAGGAUGGAAAGUCUUUGAAAAACAUAUAUAUACUUGGAGAGGUUGGAUCCGGUAAAACUGCCCUUUGCAAAUGUAUUGUUAGUCACUGGUGUCGCGCUCAUGAGGACGUCGAAUUCAAUACUAGUGAAUCAGAGGAAGUGAAAGAAAUGGCAAAUUAUGACUUCCUCUUUUACAUAUCGCUUCGACACUCUUCUGAUUGUAACAAUAUACAAACGAUGUUGGAAAAAUAUUUUCAAGACCCUAUUCUAGGUAAGGUUUUAGAAAAAGAGUCUGAUAGAUGCCUUAUUGUGCUGGAUGGUUUGGAUGAAUGGAAACCUGAUAAACUGGAUUCCUCACAGUUCCAGACCGAGGGACUGCCGAAACGAGAACUUUGUAAAGACUACAUUGUCAUAACAACGUCAAGACAAUGGAAAUUUGACGCUUUGCAAGUUAGGGACAGUGAGAUUGGCCAAAUGAUAAAGCUUAAAGGCGUGAAAGAAAAUUUAGCAGGAUCAUUCAUUGCAAAAACAAUGAAGAGUCUUAACGAUCCACUUGAAGUAAGCGUUGCAGACUUUGAAGAAGAUUUUCAAAAGUUUCCCUUUCCAGUUCUCACUCAAAUGCCAAUGUUCAUGCAGACCCUGAUAUGUUUAUGGUAUGAGGGUAAGCUCAAAGGUACAUCGAAGUGCGCCAUCUAUAGUAAUGUGCUUGAUAUCUUCUUUAAAUGGCAUGAACUAAAGCUUCCGGAAAGUCAAACUGAUCGAAAACCUGAAAUUACCGAAGCAGAUGCAUCCUUUCAACUUCCGGAAUACUUGAGUCAUUAUGAAACUUGUUUCAAUAACAAACACGUGAUAGAAAAACUGUCGAGUCUAGCUUUCGAAACCUUGUUUGACAGAAGAGCAGAACAAUCAUUUAAGUUCACUAGUUCAACACUUAAAGAUGCGAACAUAUCAGGUGAUAUGAAAAAGCUUUGUCUUGAAGUAGGAAUUCUUUUACUAGAUCGCAGCCUGCCUAUGCUAGCAAGCGUACGAACACAGUCAUUAUAUUCAUUCGUUCACAAGUCGGUACAAGAAUACCUUUCUGCGGUAAAUCUCGCUGUUACGUUCAACACAAUACUACAGACUUCUGGAGACAACAAUAUCAGUGACGCCUGCAAACAGUAUUUACUUCAAAUCUUUGGCACUUCAAAAACCGCUGAUGACAUUCUAGAGAUGUCAAACGUCUUUAUUAUUCUCUGUGGUUUAAAGCCACUGUUAACAACGUACGUCAGUGAGUAUAUUUACAAUACAGCCACAGUAGACACUAGAAUAAUAGAGUCAAGAACAGAUUUAGAUAAUGAUUUGAGAUUAAUCUCGGAAAUUCAAAGAUGUACAGUUGACUGUUUUAAAGAAAGCAGGUCAGUGGGACAUCGUUCGCUCAUUUAUCUCGGAGAUAUAGUCAUAAACUCAGAAAUUGGAAUUGAUGAUAUAGUAUUGUGUCUCCAGGAACAGCUAAUUGUACCGGAACAUGUAAGGUCUUUGUACAUCUCUGAAACUAAUGAAAGGUUCACAGAAAAUGCUUUGAACUGUUUGGUCAAUUUUGAAAGCCUGAACGCAUUAUGGUACGACAGAAAUGAAAAUUCCUCUGAUAGCGAGAAAAUGGACGAAAUCAUUUUCAAAAUUUUGCAAAAUAAUACGUCUCAGAUUUUAUCGCUGUCUUUAAAACAUAUAAACUAUCUCCGAACAAUGAUACCUUUUAUGCAAUGUCUUCCAGCUAUGCAUCAGUUGACCGCUUUAGCAAUAACAGACACCUACCUGACUCAUGAUGCUUGUAAUUUCUUGAGCACAAUGCUAUCACGUGCCACACAGUUACAACAGAUCUCGUUAGACAUUGACUGUUACUCUGGAGACCAACACAUUAUAGACCUAACAAACAAUGACAGACUUACGUCUGUUGAUAUUAUGUAUUGUUGUUUCUUUGUAACAAAUUUGAGUACAACGAGUCUAGAAACAUGUAGGUUAGGUACAGAAACCACUGUCAGUUUAAAUCAAGUAUGUAUUACUCUGAAUAGACACUGUACAUUACGACACCUUGAACUUGCAGGACAUUCGUGCUUUAGUUUAGACUCUGCUGCCAAUAAAAUUAUAUCUGAAAAUGUGACAAGACUGUUGCCAUUUUUGACCAGUCUACGUACCCUCCGCUUGCAAGGACUUACAUUUACAACCAACUUUAUGACUCGUGCUGUUGAUAUAAAAACAUUGGAACAGAUAGAUGUUUGUGAUGUUUCUAUGACUCUUGCAGUAUGGUUCAAGUUUAUAGACAGUCUGGCUGCACUUCAGCAAUCUGUAAAGGUGACAACACGUGGCUUGUAUAUCACACCAACUGGAGCAGGGCCUGUCAACCAAUCCAGAAGCGAUCAUGGGCAAGUAGAAACUGCACGCCAGUAUGUUAGGGGGAAAAUGCAGUUUUUCAAUGUGACAUUAGAUAAUCCUUAUGUGUUUGUAUUUGUUACAAACAUAAUUGAGGUAUGAGUAAGCUUCUGUGACAAUGCAAAAUGAAACUUAUAUUGGGAUUAUAACUUUGUUUUGCAAAGCGAAGUUUAUUUGGUCACAAGUACAUUUGAGUGUAGAAAUAAACUAAAUUUCCUCAGUAAUUUUUGAAAGCUGUAUACUUUUGUUCUUUCAAACUUUUGCUAGGAUUAUGAAAUUCUGUAUAUAUUUAUUUUCUUUGUAUCCAGAGUGGUCAAUUUUUUCCGUACCACACUAGUGUAUCAAUAUGACUGCUAAUAAAACAUUGUUUGUUUCA